CUAAAAUACUAAUGGGUCACCACCAGCCAGGAUUUGGCCCAGAACUAACAUCCAGCAUCAACUUCCAGAGAGAACGACAGGAGCCAUGAAGAAGAAUAGUUCAACACUGGAAACAUUGACAUAUUUGCUAAUAAAAAGUGCUUGGAGUAUACAAAAUGUUUUUACUCUGUCUUCACCACAUCAUAAAAACAUAAGAACAUUUGCAUCAACACCAAAACUGUUAAGUCAUGACUGUAGAUGCAAAGGAGCACAAUCUUAGCAAAAAAUGUUGGUGUCCUCUUUACUCCAGCAUUGACAUGGGGGAUUCAUUGUUCCGUUUUACAAAAACCCUGCAAUAAGACACCAAAAUCCCAUUUGAGGGAGGAGAUGAAACAAGAGGUGGAGUUUUAAAGGAGCAACUGGGCUGUUAAAAGAAAAACAAGUGAGUCACGCACUUAAGGUAGAGUUCUUCGACAAAACACAGUGAGUGAACAUGGCGACUGCUUCCAGUUUCCUAUCCGAAGAACAGUUUCUGUGCUCCAUCUGUCUGGAUGUGUUCACAGACCCGGUCACCAUACCAUGCGGACACAACUUCUGUAAGACGUGCAUCACAAAGCACUGGAACAUCAGCCGCCACCAGCAGUGUCCGCUGUGUAAGGAACAGUUUGAUCCCAAACCAGCUCUGCGGAUCAACACCUUCAUAUCCGAGAUGGCUUCUCACUUCAGGAAUGCCAGGAGCUUGUCAGGACAAGUAUCGGCCGGCUCAGGAGGGAUUCUGUGUGAAGUGUGCACCAAACCCAAACAGAAAGCCUUUAAGUCCUGCCUGGCGUGCGCUACUGCCUAUUGCCAUACUCACCUGGAGCCUCAUACGAGAAUCACAGUGCUGAAGAGACAUACAUUGAUCAAUCCAGUCAUGAAACUGGAGACCAUGAUGUGUGGGAAGCAUGAGAGGCCUCUGGAGCUGUUCUGCAAGACCGAUCGGAGGUGCAUAUGUCCAAGCUGUGCUGCGUCCGACCACAAGAAGCACCGGGUUGUCGCUCUGACAGAAGAGUGUAAAGAAAAGAAGAAAGAGCUGGAGAAGACCAGAGUUUGUGUUGAGGAGAUGAUUCAGGAGAGAUUACUAAAGAUGGAGCAGUUUAAGCAGUCGGUGAAGCUCAGCAAGCGGAAUGCGGAGGAAGUGACAGCAGCUGUUGCGGAGGACUGUUCGGAUCUCAUCAAUGCUGCAAGAAAAAGUCUGGAUCAUUUCAUCGACGUGAUUGUACAGAAGCAGAAAGCAACAGAAGAACAGACAGAAGGUUUCAUAAAGGAGCUGGAAGAGGAAAUCUCCACGCUGAUGAAGAAAAGAUCUGAGCUGAUGCAGCUGUCGCAAAUCGAAGACCACUUCCAUCUGCUCCAAAACACCCCAACAAUGACGGUUACCGCCAAGGACUGGACCAAGGUCAGAGUCCAGUCCUCCUGCGAUGCGACAGUGAGGACGGCUGCAGCUCAACUGGAGACGAUCAGAACAGAGAUGAAGAAGCUCUGCGCUCGCAUUGAACUUGCGAGAGUCCGGCUGUAUGUAGUGGACGUGACUCUGGAUCCGAAUACUGCAAACCCCUAUCUGGUGAUGUCCGACGAUGGGAAAACUGUACGAUGCAGUGAUGUUACACAGGUUCUCCCAGACAAGCCAGAGAGACUGUCAGCCUUUGGAAUCUUGGGAAAGCAAAGUUUCUCCUCAGGACGAUUUUACUACGAAGUUGAAGUUAAAGGGAAAACUAAAUGGGAAUUAGGAGUGGUCCAAGAGUCUAUUGACAGGAAGGGUGAGAACGCCAUUUGCCCUGAAAACGGCUACUGGGCUGUAUGGCUAAGAAACAGCCAUUACAGAGCUCUUACCGGGCCCUCUGUGCCUCUGGUUUUGGUGUCUGAGCUCCAGAAGGUGGGGGUUUUUGUGGAUUAUGACGAGGGUCUAGUUUCCUUUUAUGAUGCUGAGGCAGCACAUCUCAUCUUCUCCUUUACUAGCUGUAACUUCAGUGAGAAACUCUAUCCUUACUUCAGUCCCUGUCCUAGUGACGGUGGCAAAAACUCAGCCCCUCUGAUCAUUUCCAGCAUCAGCCACACAUUAAACUGAUGGCCUAAAUGCAGUCACAUAUCGCUUUAAGAAAACAUUUUUGAUUUACUCAAGUUAUACUUGACGUAAAAAUGUAUUGAUCUGAGACAUUUAAGUGAUAAAUGAAAAGCAAAGACAGAAGAAAUCUGUAAGAGGGAGAAGAGAGAGAAUAAACCAAACAGCUUUUGGCUGAACCUCAUUUCUAAUAAUUUUCUACAUCUUGUUCUACCCUUUGUUGGUAGUAUUACAGUCCGUUACUCCUCCUCCCUCCUCCAGACAGAGUAUGAACUGAUAUCAAAUGUUUAACUGUUAUCUGAGAGGUACAGAAAGGCCAGCUCUGCUUUAACAACCUUUGUCAACGUCCUUGGGUGGAGAACUGGCAACAGGGACAGCUGGCUGAUGGAAACAAUCAGCUGAGCUAAACUAAUGAGGUUCAACCCCACUUUGAGCUGUAUACACCUGAUCUAAUCCAAUAAUUCUAGAUAUUACUCGAGAUUUCUUGAGUACAUUUGAAAUUGUUUAAGAUUAUUUCUAAUCCCAAAUAAUACAAAAUGUUCCAGAGAUAUAUGAAAUGUAUAAAACACAAUAAUUUCUUUGUGAGACUUUAAAUAAAUGUGGAAUAUCGAUGUAUAAUGAUAGAUGAGAAUGUGAAUAACAUGACUGGAAAAAUCAAAUGAGUCACUGAAGAAAGGAUCUCUGGUGCCCUCUGGUGGUGGUUUAGAUUUAUUAACAAAACCUAAUACCAGCAGUUGUGAAGAUGUAACGAUUUAAAACCUUGCUCUGCCUUGAUAUUGGUGGCUGGCCAAUGCCAGGCAAGCUCUAAAGAAACAUGAACAUUUUAAGAAUUUCUUAUUUGAUUUUUGUUUUGUUCCAUCAGCAAAUUUAACGAAGAUGCAAGUUUUCACUUGGCCAAUGAUAGGACCACAUCUAAAUGAUUCGUAAGAUAUCAAAGGAUUAGGCCAUGGAAUAACAUAUUUGCCUCAACUUUGUUCACAUAAGAAAUAAAUCUGGGAACAUCUUGCAUAGAUUUGGUAAUUCUGCAUUUCUAACAACAUUGACUGAAUCUACUAAACUUAACACACACACACACACAACAGAAUUAAGUAUGUCAUUUGUUUUUAUUGUGUUACAUGUGGCCAUAAACUUCAGAGAAGUUACAGUUUCCAUGGAGAUACAGUAAAUAUAUUCAAUUACUUGAAUAGGAAAAGGAUGUGUGAUGCAUGUGUGUGGAAGUGAGGCGCCCCAGUUUGGACAGUCCCGCGUGUCUGGUAUUAACGUGAAGUGGAUUAAAAACGAGCGUGUGCAUUUUGAAAAAUAAAACAAACAUUAAAUAAGACAAAAGAACAGUGA